UUGCGAACAGGCCUCCAGAACGGAUCCCGUUCGCAACCAGAGGUACCACUGUAUAACCUUUGACAACAACAGUCAUAGAAACCUUGCGUCGGAGGCGGUUCCAAACUUCAGAGGGGGGCUGGGGCUUGCACCUAAAGCUGGAAGCAGGAGGGACCCCCAAGCUGGUUAGCCUGGCGAUUGGGACCCCUGCAUGGGAUGAUGGCUGUCUGGGAGUGUUGGGAGAGGGCAGGAGACAAGUUUGUCAUGCACCCAUGGCCAUCAUACCACAGCUGCAAUGUCAAGGGACGCCUCUUAUGAAUGAUAGACGGGUGCAAGCAACCUCUGGGAAUUCUGUGUCUCCACGUUUAUUUGUCGACAGAGAAAUCAAGAGGGGCUGCCCCACUGAAUUUCUUCAGGGGAGGAGAAAUUCUCCCAUCAGUUUUUUGUGGGCGGGGAUCGCCAUUAGUGGCAGCAAUUUCCAUAGCUUAUUUCUCUGCCCCCCACAUGAAGCAUUUUUUUGCGGAGGGAGAUGUUGUUUCAAUUUUAGAGAAAUGGUACAAAGUUAGGAACAAAACUCACCUCUCAGGUGGCCAUAAGGGACCUGGGAACCCCAAAUGUUUGGCCAAGGCCGGCCAAAAUUCGUGGGCCCUGGAUCACGUGGCUAGGACUGGACACUUGAUCGGAUGGGAUUGGACUAGAUCCCUUCUAACUCUGCAAUUCUAUGAUUCUAAGAAUCUGCGAAGUCAGAAGGUGUUUCUAUAUGGGAAAGGUCUGCCCCCCCAUCCUCUUCUGCCACAAAUUACCCAGAAGCCUUCAGGGUAUCUCGUCACAAAAGCCAAUGUUAGUAGUACUCUUGAGUAGAUUCAUUGAGGUUAAUGGGCAUGAUGACUUAAGUUAGGACUAUUAAUUAGGGUGGGUUUGCUCCAAGUAUAUCUGGAGAUAAUCUUUUGCUCCAAGGGCCAGGUGAUGUGAAAGAGAGCAGGGGGAGGGAAAUGUAGAUUGAUUACUGAAACGUCUUCUUUCUCGCCACAGGAAGGCUGUGCUUCGUGAUGAUGAAUUAGGGCUCAGAGAAUCCUUUCUCUGAGCAAUGGAGACAAGAGGGUCUGUGAUCUUCAGCAUGACUGAGACUCGGCGCCUCUCCUUGGACGAAAAUACAGACAUAGCCAACAGGGAUGCUGAACAGUUUGAUUCAGAUGAAAGUUCAAAUUCUGAAGACGUUGAUUUCAACUGGGAUGAAUACUUGGAAGAGACAGGAUCUUCUGCUGCUCCUCACACUUCGUUUAAGCACGUGGAAGUCAGCCUGCAGAGCAGUUUCCAACCCGGCAUGAAGCUAGAGGUGGCCAACAAACACAACCCAGAGACCUACUGGGUGGCAACCAUCAUCACCACAUGCGGGCAGCUCUUGCUGCUGCGUUACUGCGGCUACGAAGACGACCGCAGAGCUGAUUUCUGGUGCGACGUGAUGACAGCCGAUCUCCACCCUGUGGGUUGGUGCACCCAGAACAACAAAGUUCUGAUGCCUCCCAAUGCGCAUCUAAAACGACAAUGUCCGGAGUUGGUCAAGUCUCAGUUGCCGGUGCAGGAGCAGAGACGAGAGCAGCAGCAGCAGCGUAAAAAGAAAUUCUUCAAACGAAAACAGUCGGCUCAGCUGGUGACCGGCGAGGUCAAGAUUGCUGAUGAGAAACAAGCGGUCUGGGUGGUCGAUUCGGGAGCAUCUCGCCACAUCGACCAUGACGACUUGAGGAACCACCUGUUCACAGUGGGCAUGAAAUUGGAGGCAGUGGAUAUGAAAGAUCCAUGUAGGAUUUGUCCCGCUACAAUAUCUAAGGUUUUUAACAACCAUUUCGUUCAAGUAACCAUCGACGACCUCCGUCCCGAAGGGAGCGCAGCCUCCAUGAUUUGCCAUGCCGAUUCCUUGGGGAUCAUGCCAGUACAGUGGUGCCUUAAAAACGGAGUCCACCUGACACCGCCCAAAGGUUAUUCCAGCCAGGACUUUGACUGGGCAGAUUACCAGAAGCAAUGUGGAACUGAAGCAGCUCCCCAGUUCUGCUUCAGAAAUGUAUCCUUCAGCCGAGGCUUUACGAAAAACAUGAAGCUGGAGGCCGUGAACCCCAAGAACCAGGCUGAAAUCUGUGUGGCUUCCGUCAUCUCAGUAAAAGGGAGGUUAAUGUGGCUCCGCUUGGAAGGUUCACAGGUGCCUGCUUCAGAAUACAUCGUCGAUGUGGAGUCGAUGAACAUAUUCCCAGUUGGCUGGUGUGAAGCGAAUGCUUACAAGCUCUCGACGCCGCAUAAAGCCGUGUUGCAAAGGAAGAGGAAGAUUGCCGUCGUGCAGCCCGAAAAGCAGUUACCACACGGAGAGCCUGUGGAGAAAAAAAUUCACGAGCCAUGCAUGCUUCCACAGACAGACGCAAUAGGUACCAUCAAUGGGAGAUACAGCUGCCCUGCACUGUUCAUCAAUCACCGCUGUUUCUCAGGACCACACCUGAACAAAGGAAGAUUGGCCGAGCUGCCUCAGUCUGUUGGCCCGGGCAAGUGCGUGCUGGUUCUUAAAGAGGUCCUGAGCAUGGUGAUCAACUCUGCUUACAAACCCGGGAGUGUAUUGCGGGAGCUACAGCUUGUCGAAGACCCCAGGUGGAAUUUCCAGGAGGAGACCCUCAAAGCAAAGUACAGAGGCAAAACCUACAGGGCCACAGUCAAGAUUGUCCGCACGUCUGAUCAAGUCCUGGAUUUCUGCCGGAGAGUUUGCGCUAAGCUGGAAUGCUGCCCGAAUUUAUUCAGCCCCAUCCCAGUUACUGAAGCCUGCCCGGAAAACUGCUCCGUUCACACCAAAACAAAAUAUACUUAUUAUUGUGGAAAGAGGAGGAAAGUCAUCAAGGCUCCAGUUGGAGAGAACAACAGCCGCAGACCGGAGAGCAGAUAUGGCAAGCCAGCCAGGCGCAGGAAGAUGCAGAAGCCCAUUCCAGCACAAAAGAAGAGUCAGCCAUCUAUAAGAGACCUAGCGGAAUCCGCGGAGGAAAGCGACGAGGAGGAACCUGAGGCCCUGGACGACGAGACGUGGAGUGAAGAGACCAGCCCAGAGCUACAAGAUGACCAGACAGACGUCUCCUCGGCCGAGCUGCCUGCAGCCAAGCCUGCGAGCACAAUGAGGCUACGCAGCAGUGCUGACCUGGACCGAGUCGCUCGCAGUGGGAGGAGCAGGCGAGCCCGGAAAACCUUGGCUGUCUUGUGCGCCAAAGGGCAGAAAAGGGCUCGGUUCAGACAGGUGAUGAAGCCAGAGCCGGAACAGAAGCUUGUGCUGGAGAGCAACCCAUUGGAAUGGACUGUCACAGACGUGGUGAAGUUCAUCAAGCUGACUGACUGUGCCCCUCUUGCCAAAAUAUUUCAGGAGCAGGACAUUGAUGGCCAAGCUCUCCUCUUGCUGACCCUGCCAACCGUCCAGGAGUGCAUGGACCUCAAACUCGGUCCCGCCAUCAAGCUGUGCCACCAGAUUGAGCGGGUCAAACUGGCUUUCUAUGCCCAGUACGCCAACUGACCACGCCGAUUGCCACUUUCCCGUCCCCGUGACUUUCGUUCCAAGGUUGUGCCUGGCUCUCCCGACCCUGAACCCCUUUUCAUUCGGAAGCACUGAUAAAAUAUAUAUUGUGGGGAAGAAGGUGGCAGCCCGGCUGCUUGCUCACGAGUAGGCUGGCCUGCAGCUGGGGCUUUGGGGUGGGGCUGAAUAAGGGCUGCAAGGCUCUAGGCUCCAUGAGAGAUUAUGAGCCUCAAAGAGAGUCAGGUAAAGGGGUCAGAUACGGAGUGAUAGGCAGAGGAGCCCUCCAGAUGGAUGGUUUUUUUUGUUUGUUCGUUUUGGGGGGUGGUUUUUGCAGAUGCAUUCUGCAACUUGUCCCUGAUUCAUUAAGAUUGCAUUAGUGAUGGAUUUAUACCAAACCAUACGCGUACCAUUCUGCUUCAUGAGUUGUUCUGCCAUGCUUUCCCCAGUGUUGGGCACCUUUGCACUAUAGCACAGCUAAAAGAAGAAAAAUACCUACCUAGAACAUUUGCGGCAUAGAAAAGGAAUGUGCGUAAGCUCGCAAGGGCUGGACUUUGCAGUAGAGAACCUCUGGCAGAAAAGAAAUGAGAUGACGAGGAUGACUCUCGCUAUCUCAAAUCAAGCUUGCUUUUCCGUCGCUGUAAGCGCCGGGGUUAUUUUGUGUGUUGAUUUGCUGUUCUCGGCAACCAAUAUCCACUAUUCUAAAGCACACACGAGAGCACCAUUUUGAAUGACUUCGCUUGACAGGGGAAAGAGGGGUCUUGAAGGCAGGGCGGCUGUCAUUUGGGCCUGAUCCUUGCGGUGCAAUUUCCCUGGCCGAGUAAUUGUGUACAGAAACGCAUGCGCUGAGUUGAAGUGUGCAUAAAUGAGAAGGAAAGCUCACAAAACUGGUUCACGGCGGGGGAAGCUGCGUUGCAAAAAAAUGUGUGCUAAACUGCAUAGGGAAGAAGUCGGCAGGACGGAGUUUUCAGGAGGACUCAAAUCACCAGCUGGUGUGUUAAAAGCGCGAGAG